CAAACACAGGAACAGAAAGAUGGCGGUGGCUCAGUUCGGAUCAGGCGACCGCCGCGAGACCUAAAGCUGCCAGGCUGCUGCUCUCCGCGCUCUCAGAAACUUCGCUGAAUAACAGCAUCGCUGCUGCUUAACCUGGCUUUGAAACUUUCCCCCAAAAGUAUUGAUGAUUGGAUCUGAUUUUUCCUACUCAACUCCUCCUUCAGAAGUGACCUCGUGCUCCGUCCGUCAUGACAUGGCCAUGGUGAGCAGCCUGGCCGCCAUCAAAGACUCUCGGUGGCUCCAGCUGGAGGUUUGCCGGGAAUUCCAGAGGAACAAGUGCUCCCGAUCCGACACGGACUGUAAAUUCGCCCAUCCCCCAUCCCACGUCGAAGUCCAGAACGGAAGGGUCAUCGCCUGCUACGACUCCAUCAAGGGACGAUGUAAUCGUGAAAAGCCACCAUGCAAAUAUUUCCACCCACCACAACAUCUGAAGGAUCAGCUGCUAAUAAAUGGCCGCAAUCACCUUGCCCUAAAGAAUGCUCUUUUGCAGCAGAUACCUCUACAGCCGCUUCUUACGGGCCAGUUGCCAACUGCAGUGGUAAGUGGUCUUCUGUACAGUCAGCUGGCACAACAUCAGCAACAGCAACAACUGCAGCAGCAACAUCAGUGCGCUGCUGCACUCAAUCUGAUGAGUGCAAAUGCACUCAAGGCAACAACUUCUCCAUAUUUGCCAGCAAUGGCUACAGCAUCUACCUUCAGCCCGUACUUGGGGCACACUCCUAUGAUGACCGGCCUGUUACCUGCUGAUGCAUUAACAUCACCUUUAAGUUUAGUUCCCUCACCUUUGGUCACAGCUGCUCAGAAAUUACAGAGGACUGAUAGAUUAGAGGUGUGUCGUGAGUUCCAACGUGGCAACUGCAAGCGCUCCGAGACCGAGUGCCGCUUCGCCCAUCCCCCCGAGCAUGUGACCGUGGACAGUAGUGAGGGCACGGUGACGGUGUGCAUGGAUUUCGUGAAGGGUCGCUGCACGCGAGACCAGUGCCGCUAUUUCCAUCCACCGGCUCACUUGCAGGCGCAGCUGAAAGCCGCUCAGACCCGAGCCAGUGCGGCUGCAGUGCCGCACGUGGUCGAGACUUUGAUCGGCAAGAAAAGACCCCGUGACCCUGCUGACGACCUCAUUCUGACAUUUCCUGGAAUAGUUCCAUAUGCAAAACGAGCUGCUGUUGAUAAAAGUGGCCUACCAGUUUAUCAGCCAACUAGUGCAGCUUAUCAGCAGGCACUUGCCAUGCAGGUCCAACAGCCUUUUGUGCCUGUAACUUUUGCUGGACACCCUGCCGCUGUGCCGAGAUUUUAAGUCCGGACUGUGUAAAAGGCCACAGUGUCGCUACGUUCACCUUUUAGAAGAUUAUGUAGAGGUACUGGAUGGGAAAGUCACUGUUUGUCGUGAUGCUGUUAAAGGGAAAUGCAGCCGACCGUUAUGCAAGUACUACCAUAUACCUCUACCAACUCCGUUCAUGAACAGCGUGCUGUGACCAGGAUUAAAAUUAUUCUAAAGAGAAAUUUGUUUGAUUUUUUUCCAUGAAUGUACCUAUCUGUUCUUCGACUUGCCCAAUGCAAAGGAUCUUGUAUCUUUGGGAGGCCUGAAGUUACGCAAGAGCGAUCCUUCUGUGAUAAACAGAUUUAUUUUCUUGCAACUAUGGUGACUGCGAGACACUAGUCAAUAGUUGGAGUAGCAGUCACUUUAUGUGCCAUGACUUUAAAAUACUGAUAUGCAGAUUCAAAACCCCCCCUCACACUUUGGAAGAAAUGAACUUUUAUUUUUCUUUCACCUGUUGAAUUUUCAGAUAAUUAUUCUUCAAAUGAACUGAAUGAUGAUUUUGAUUCUUUGCCCACUUGUAUGGGAGAAAAUUACAAUGAUUUUAGAGAGAUAAAAUUUGUUUUAUAUAACUUGAAAAACAAGUUUACGAAUUAUUUAAUUAUGAUGUGAUUGUCAUAAAAUUUUGCUUGAUCUUUGUUCCAAAUUUUAUUUCAAAAGCACUUAUUGGAAUAGUAGUUGUGUGUCAGAAAACAGCAUAUUUUUAAGUUUUUGAAACUUAUCUCUUCAAAAUAAUUUUUAUUCCAUAGUUUAACUAUUCGGAAAAUUAUUGUUUUUAAUUUGUUUUACAUUCUAGACAUAAAAUUCGAUUUAAAAGUUUUUAAUGCAUGCAUUUUAUUAAAAAUGCUGUAUUUUAAUAUUAAGCACUUGUUAUAAAAAUAUUUAAUUUUUUUAAAUACGUUACUCUUGUGUUCUUUUGAGUGUCAUGAGACAUGGAACUAUUAGAAUUGAAUUUUUUUUAUACAAAUGAGCUGUGUGUAGUAUGUAAUGAUCCAAGAGAUAAAAUCUCUACAAAGUAAAGGAAAUUUCUGUGAAUUGCUGCAUUGAUUUUCUAAAGAAUUUUUGCAGUUUUUUAUAAAAUGGCUCUCGUAUGCUUACUAAAUUAAAUUUUUUCUUUCUUUCUUGAGUAAUGUUAAAAGAUUCGGCCAUAUUUCUUUAAUAUUGCAUAUUUUGAGCCGCUUCACUUGAAACAAAAAAGAAGGGUCAUGUACAGGAACACUAGAUUAUAUGCUCAUCCUUUUGCCUUUUGUCUGGUAAAUAAUUUAUUGACACUUUGAGAUUAAGUCCAAACCUGUGAAAAAACAUAACUUUUUCCUGACAUAUUUUCACCCUCAACUAUUUAAUUUGAUUAUUAAUGUCCUUCUAUUGUUUUUUAAAAUAAUGUAAUUUUGGUAAUUUGUAUUACAGCUUUUUACAUAUUUUUGUUUUGAACAAUCUGUUAAAAUAAUACUCUUUUUUUUUCUGAUGAAUACCAGCAUUUUUAUGUAUAAUAAGAUGUUUUGGGCUUUAUUGUAAAAUCAAAGAAAUAUGUCUUAAAUCACCAUUCUAUAAAAUUAUCGAAACACUUACUUACUUUGUUAUUAUAUAAGUUUUAGUUUGAAAAAAAGAAUGAAAUGAAGCUAGUCUUUUAAGCAGAAAAUUGCUUUUAAAUAAAAUAAACAAUAUGUAAUAUUUUUAUUUUGAUUUGCACAAUUUUUGGGGGAGGGGUAUCUUUCUUUCACCUUUUUUGAAAAACAUUUUAAGCAUCUAAAUUAGUUGGUUGCAUGUCCAACCAAGGAAAUUUCCUUAUGAGAAGCUGUUAAAUAUGAUUGAAAACCGUCAACUUCUUCAGUAUGUUUGCUAAAACAUAAGUGUUAACAUCCUAUCCAGUUUUGUCAGAAAAGCUGAAAGGCACCUGGCUUUACAAAAUUUAAACUUUUAAUAUAUAUAUACGUUAUGCAUUUAUAAUUAUUAUAACUAUUUUAAAAACUUGUUGUUCUAAUUUUAUAUUGUUUUGAUAUAUCUGCUGAAAGUUUUUGUUUUUGUUACGUGCUUGUUGAGUAUUUUUUUAAAUGUUGUGAAUAUAUUAAUACAAUGAAUAGUAAUGUUGGUUUCAUUGUAUGUGUUGUGUAAAAUUAGAGUUUAUUUCUAAUAAUGCUUGUAAUUGAAAGUAAGGUUUGACCAAAAUUUAAAUUGUUUACUGCAGCAGGGACCAAAUGACUCUUUCAUUAUGUCUUGCUUUUAAUCAUUUUAAGCGUUAACAUAAUAAUAAUCCAUUUACUGAGCUAAUUUUUAUUUAUGUGUGUUAAAAAUUUAAGUAUGUUAAUUAAAAGAAAAUAAUUUUAGGUAAAAAUGAUGAUCUUGGCUUUGGGGGAUGAAAUUACAUUUUAAAGGAAGUAAAAAGAAAAACUUUUUAACACCCUUGUAAAAGUCAAUCAAUAAUAAACAGACCAUUCUCAUAACUCUAACUACUUUUUGAUUCAAUAAUAAUUUCUUCAAAAUCAUAUGAUGCCAAUAUGUGUCAAAUUUUUCAGGCUCCAUUAAAAUAAUCAGAACUAAUUUAAAUAUAUUUACCAAAAUUGUUUUUUGAAGUUUAUAUUAAAAACUUAAUUUAUUUGAAAAAUGUUUUUAAUUAAUUUAAGCUUCGAAGUUUCUAUAUGUCUUUUUAAAUCUUACCCAAUCUUUAAUAUAUUUUCAUGCUUUCUUUAAAAAAUUAGAUACAAAAAAUAAAAUACUAAAUAAAGGCUGGUUAUUUUGCUCGUUAACUAAUCAUGUUUAAAAUUAGUUCUGAGAAAACGUUUUGUAAACCAAUACUUACAUUUCUCUUGAUUUCUUGUUUAUCAUAACAGGCAGAUAUUGCCCCUGCUGCAUGGCAUGUAAUCUAAUUUAAAGCUCUUCAACUUCAUUGAAAUACCACUUUCUUAGCAAGUAGAUUACAUCAAAAGCUUUGUCCAGCCAUAUUCUCAUAAAUGAAAGGAAAAUGGACUCUUAAUGCCAUUAUUUCUGCAUUUAUUAUUGAAGAGAAUAAAUAUGCAAUAAACUUGUUUGAAAUAUGCGAUAGUUUUUUACUCCAACUCAUGAUGGUUGUGCUUAUCAUGAGUUACGUUCAGAUUUAUAUUGAAGAAUGUAAGACGUGAAAGCUGCUUGAUUAUUCAAUCCUACAGCCCAUAAGUAUGAAUUUUCAUACUGCCUUUGUAUAAUAGAAUAUUAUCUUCUUUCCUAAUCUUUUUCACAUUUUUGCACACCCUAGAAAGUUGUGCUUGGGUUCUAGUUCAUGCAGUUUUUAGAUAGCUUUAUUAAACAUAAGCAUAAAUUUAGUUUAAAAAAAAAUAUCCAAUUUGAGUAAUUGCCAGAAGUACAAUUAUAAUUAAAGUGAAAAUUAUACUGGAAAUUUAAAAAACGCAAUUCAAUUCAUGCUUAGCUAUGGAAACCAUUUCACAUACUGACUAUAUUAACAUUUAAUGAAAUGCGAGAAAGUUUUAUUUGUAGUUUGAUUAAAAACAUAUUGUGGUAAAACUGAUAUGAAAGAAGUGAACUUAGUACUAGUUCCUUUUAACCAAACUACAAACAAUGAACUUUUCAAUUGCACGGUGUAGUUCUAUGAAAAUAAAAAUAAAUUUGAUGCAUUCAGAUUAAAAUUCUUUUUUUCCCCCUUUUUGUCAGUGAUUUCAAAAGAUGAAUAAACACUGGCAGUAGGUAUUAUGUUACGUUACUUUAUUUAAAUUAGUGCAGAAAUGACAUUUGAAUAAUUGAUAUAAGUUUAAAAUUUAAGUAUGGUUAGAAAUGGUUUUCCCAAAUGAAAGUCUAUUCUUAUAUAUUUGAAAUGUUAUCCAUGUUUUAAUAAGUUAAUCUGAAGCUGCACUGAGCUAAAGUAAACCUAAUAUUAACUUAUAUAAUAACUAUGCACCAUAACAAGUAAUCUAUGCAAGUGAGAACUCAUUUGAAAUUCCAUGCUGAAGAGAUUUCAUUCAGUCCCUGUAUAACUGUACAAAAUGGCAAAAAGAGGCAUCUGUAUUUGAACAAGAACUUAAAACAACAAAAAAAGAAAUUGAUGUUGGAUGUGAGUUGCAAUUUUUAAUUGUUUAUUCAUUGAAGAAUAUUUUUAAUAAUGUUUUGUAUAUGUAAUAUUGUUUUAUUACAAGCAAAAAUGCUUGUGGGUAAGUAUAACCUGCUCUGUUUCAUUUUACAUCACUUCAAUUUACUGUGAAUUGCAUUUUAUUAAGAGUAUAUUGUAGGAGAUCAUUGUUUUAUCACCAUGAUUUUGUCCGGUGAUUUGAAAAUGAUAUAUGUAUAUUGUAUAAGAAAAUUGUUAUAUAUAUAUAUAUAAGCUUUUCCAAUAUAAUUUUUUGCAAUAAUUAAAACAAUUUCAAACCACAACCAAAUUUUCUUUUAAUAAUGCUGAAUCUAGGUUAGAAUUACUAAGGUUUAUAACAUCACAGUAAUAGUAUUUUUUAAGUAAAUUAUCCUUAAUGUAUUGAAAAAAAAAAAAAAAAUCAUAUUAUAGAACUCCAUUUUUAUUACUACAACUUAAAUGACUCUUUUUAACCAUGGUUUUUUGUUAAAACUUUGUUAUUACUCUUUUUUAUAUGUUUUAUUUCCAAAUUACAAACUGAGCAUCAUUUAAUGCGGCAUCUUAUGAAUAAGCUCAACUAUCUAUGUAAAAAAAGUACAGCUUUUGGAACUAAGAUGUUGGGGGGGGGGGGGGGGGGGGGAUGGUUCAAAUAAAAUUCAGUGUUGAAUAUGAUUUACUGUGAUGCUAUGACCUAGUGCUGUGGAUCAGUUUGAUUUCAGAUCGCAAUUUGAUAACUUUGUACUGUUUUAUAAUUCAACUGUAAAUUUAUAAUAAAAAUAUUGCUAUUGAAAUGUUUUUGAAAAAGGUAUUCAAAGAUAAUUUAUUUUUCCUGUACUAUUUUACAGAAUCUUUAAGAAAGGAAUGGUGUGUUUUUAAUUGUGAUAAUUGUUUUUAGUUAAUCAUUAUACAUUAUAAGGAAAACUGUUAUCAAUAGAAAAUUUUUGAAUUCCUAAAUUUGUUUUCAAGAAAUCAGUACGAAGUUUUUGCAUGCUUGGAUUAAGCUGAUCUAGGGUUGUUGUUUGGUAUUGUUGUGUAUGUUGGAGUGCAAUUUUUGGAAAGCAGGCAUUUUUUUAUGCUCUCAAACAUCAACAUUGUAUAGACUAUUACUGAUCUCUAUUUCAGAUUGUACAACUAUGCAGUAAUCCUAAGCGAAUGAAUUAUAUAUAUAUACACAACAUAAAGCAAACAUAUGUUGUCCCAAUGAAGCUGUUAUAACCAUGCAGUACCUUUAUAUAACUAUAAAAGCAAGAUGUCUUACGCACUGACUUUUUGCAGGGCUACAACACCCACUUUGAAAGAUGUUGCAAAAACUUCAAUUCCUUAUCAAAGUAUUGUUAAUACUAUGCAUAAACAUAUGUACCAUGAAUUUGUGCUAUUUGUAGUAAAUAUAUUGUUUGUAUUGUUAUUUUGCCCAAUGCCAUUGGUCCACAAACUUUUAGUAAAGGAAUUUGUUAAUGUCAUAAGACAAUCUGGUCAAUCAGGUAUUAGUACUAUUAAUUUCGAAUUAUUUGUCAUACUGUAUAUUUAGUAGCUUUUUUUAAUGGUUAACAUAAUAGAAAUUCCCAUAAAAAAUUACAAAAUUGAAGUCUAGAUCUGGCUUUUUGCUAUACAUUUCAAUUAAAAUAUAGUCAACAGCUAAAACUAUGUUUAUACUGUACUUUUUGAUCAUGCAUUGAUUUUUAAGAUAUACUAAUCACAUGAAUUCACCUUCUUAAGAAUUGGAUCAAAUUGCUGCACUUCAAUUUUAUUGAUAUUGAUUUAAGAUUUACAAUAUUUUGUAAUUUAUUUCUCUCUUUCUCUCUCCUUCUCUCUCUUUGAGGAAUUUUACUGUGCAAUUUUCCUUUGAGAAGAUCCCAUCUGUUUGGGUAUUUAUCGAAAUCAAAAAAAGUGGAAAAAAAUUGUUUUAAUGUAAUUAUAUAUAUAUAUAUAUAUAUCUUAAUUUGUUAAGAAUACAAUUCUCUAAAUGAAUUCAAAAUUAUAUCAUGUUUUUUAGAGUGUAGAAACUGUAUUUUUUUUAUUAUGACAUUAAUUUUUACAAAAAUAAAAUUUGAUGUGUU